AAAACAGCAUCGAAUAAAAUAUAAAUAAAUUUGACAAUGUGUAAAAAAGAUCCACCAGGAUAAAAGCAGCGGGAUCUGAAUCUAGAUCUGGGAUUGAUGUUUUCAGAAUGGCGCUAUUAACGAGAAUGGGAAUGGCGAGUACAUCUUUCUGGUCUACGACAAUGACUAAGCAAAUUUAUCGGGAAAGCGCAAAAGACAGGGGAAUUCGGGCAUUUUCGAAGCUAUUUUAUUCUCGGGCGUGAAAACUAUUGAGCUAGAAAUGACCAUGGAUGGAAAAAGAUCAAUAAAAAUGGAUCCAUUGUCACCUGGUCCAUGUCUAGACAUUAGCGACGACGAAUUAGUUACGAUAUCGGUACGAGAUUUAAAUAGACAAUUAAAAUUACGUGGACUAUCUAGGGAAGAAAUUGUGCGUAUGAAACAGCGAAGACGUACACUAAAGAAUAGAGGAUAUGCAGCUAGCUGUCGUAUAAAACGUAUUGAACAAAAGGAUGAAUUAGAAUCUGAAAAGACUCAAGAAUAUCGAGAUAUGGAAGCCAUGCAAGAGGAUAAUAAUCGUAUGAGGGAGGAGGUAGAGUCUUGGCAUUCAAAGUAUCAAGCCCUCAAAAAGUUUGCCCAAGAAAAGAAAAUUAUUAUUCCACCAGACUUGGAAACCAUGUAAAAUUUAAAUGUAUUGAGAUUAAUUCUUCAUUAUUAAAAUUAGAUUUAAU